UAGGACGCUGAAUGCAACACAAGCGCUCGUCACAGAUCCGGCCACAGGGGCUGAGGGCACACAACACGCGCAUGCGCACCGCCAGUUCCUCAGCGGACCCUGGCGCGUCUGACGGUGAAAGUUAGCAACGUGAAACAGAACCAGAGUCGGUAACGUGUGCCGGUGGCGCGCUGUGUGACGCAGCGGGGGAUGCGAUAUGGCGGACAACUGCACUGGGUUCGGCAGCAGCUCCCAAUGCCGAGUCGUGAAAUCGCCAAUAAAAUGUCACACAUCACUCUGGAGAUACAGACAGUCAUAAAUCAGAGUGGUCUCCUAAUGGUUUACGGACAUCUGUGUGCACGUCUCCGCUCUGCACGUCUUCCAGCUUCUCUGCGUUUGCCAUUAUUGCUGUGGAAGCUGCCUCUCGGGUCUGAUGCCAUAGGCAGCGCAGACUCUUUUUGCUUUGAGAAGGCGCCGUAUCCCCAGCGAUCGCACAUGCCAUCAGGUGACCAUUACAACAGUGAAGAGGAUCACAGCUACGUUCUCCUUAAUUGGAUGUGUGUGCAUGCUGGUCAUAAUCUGGCUGUUCAGAAAAUACAAUUCUUUGGCACAGAAAAUGAUUGUGAGUUUGGCCAUUGCUGCUUUCUUUGACAGCAUCGCUUAUGUUAUGAGCGAAGUUUUGCCAGACGGUGUUCUUUGCAAUUUCCAAGCUUGGUGGCUAACAUAUUUUGAUUGGUGUGCGCUAGCUUGGGUCUGCUCCAUUACACUGAACCUUUAUCUGAAUGUAGUAAAAGAGAUGAGGACAGACCAAUACCAACUGACAUACCAUUUUACUGCUUGGGGAGUGCCAUUUAUUCUGUCUUGCCUCCCGCUCUUUGGAGAUCUUUAUGGCCCUGCUGGUGCAUGGUGCUGGAUAACGGAUGAGCAUGUAGCCUGGAGAUUUGUCAUAUGGUACGUUCCAUUGUUCAGCCUGAUAUUCCUGAUGAUGCUGUGUUACCUGCGGAUAAUCUACGUGGCAAAGCAAAGGGUCAUCACAUGGUCUGGAACAUAUGAUCCUAGAAGAGAACGAAGCAAGAUUAUAAUGGCGGAAGAAAUUAAACCUUUGAAGUGGUAUCCCUGUGUGUAUCUGGCUGUAUCUCUCUUUCCCCUUCUAAACAGAAUCCAUAAUGCCUUCUACCCAAGUCAUCCUGUGUUCAUUCUCACAUUACUGCAUGUGAUGAGUGCUCCACUUCAUGGAUUGGCCAACACCAUUGUUUUUGUAUUGGACAAGGAAACUUGGAGUCAGCUUACAAUGGCGUCGCUGAGGGUGGCUUUCCAAUCCAGGCUCUGCGACCGCACAAAGAUCACAGAAUAUCACCCGGCUAGUGUGCGGUACAUGACUCAGAUAGAUGAAGAGGAUUCGGAUUCUGCUGAUGACACCACAGUAUUAUUCUCUAUGCCAUCAAUGGCAUUAAGGAAUAAAGAACCCUGAUUUUUUAUUUUUUAUUUUUUUGUAAUGGGCUAGAAGAUUGCACCAAUCUGCCCUGAAUAUGCACUGUCUGCAGGAGAGAAGGCAGAAGGCAAAAGACAACCUUGGACUGCCUGAUUAAGGAGCUGUCAUCCUUCAUUAUUAAUACUACAUAGUUAAUAUUUAAUGCUGUAUAACCAGAGCUCCUGACGGCAGCACAGCCACAAGACACACCGGGGUCAUUCCAACUGCAAAUCGUAAGACAGGAGAUGUGGUGGCUUUAUAAGUGCCACCUGAUAAUGCCGGGAGGCACAUGCCUAGCGCAAGUACGUGUGCGUAUAUCAUUAUCCAAGGCAGGGCUGAAAUGACUGCAUUUAGCAUCAAGUAUUUCUGUCCAAUGUAAAGCACUUUUACGUGGAUUGUCUUAUUAGAAGUGGGCAGGUCCCUCAUUUCAGUAAUAUAUGUCAUGUAGAAACGCUAGCACAGAAGAUAUGCUGGUUUUGUCUGGGGCAGCCAAAUUCGUCACAGGAAUUGUAAUUUGGGUGCUGUGGCCAUUACCCCUGCUGCCUUUCAUAGACGACAAUUUCCUGUAACUCUACCUGUGCAGUGUAAUCACUGCUGAGGGAGAUAUAUCAAACUGGUGUAAAGGUGCCGAUAACAACCAAUCAGAUUCCACCUUUCACUUUCCUAAGGAGCUCUGAAAAAUUAAAGGUGGAAUCUGAUUGGUUGCUAUGGGCAACUAAGCCAGUUUUCCUUUAGGAAAAAUACAUUUCCCCCAUUGGAUCUGAUGUAUCAAAACUAGCAGUAAAAAGUGGUAAUGUUUCUCAUGGGGAUUACGAUUUUUCAUCUGUGUGCUAUCCGCAUUUUUGCAUGAUCCCGUCUUUAUUUUUUGUGGAUCCAUGUGGCCAUUCCACAAAUUAUAGAUCAGGUCUUAUUUUUGUCCGUAUUGUUGACGAGAAUAGUCAUCUCUAUUGAUGGGACUGAGAUAAAUGUGGAAGGGAUCCGUGUUUUGCAGAUCCUUUGUAUGGCGACUGAAAGACAUUGCGUGUGCAUGAAACCUUACUUAGUUAUGGGUGCAUUCACAUGUGCCGGCAGUGUGCAUGCUCUUACUUCAGACUCUUCGUGGAUGAAUCACUGACCAUCUUAUCAGAGAUUUCAUCACAGACGUGUGAAUGAGGCCUAAGUCAUAAGCCUAAGUCACGCCUCAAAUUAAAUACUUGUGUUCUCCUUGAAUCUACACUUUAGUUUUUCUUUAUAGCCUUGUUGUGCCGUCCCUCUGUUAUUCCUCCUACAAACAUUUUUUUAAAUUGAAAACUGGCUAUUAUCAGUUGUAGGUAUGUCCCUACACAGUCUGACAAUGUGCAAUCAGUGCUAACAGAGUCAGACUCUAAGAACUGGGAUUAAUGGCACCCAGUUGUCAAUGUUUUCACAAAGUUCUAACAGAAAAAAUAAAGAGGUGCGACCCAAAACAGAGUUAUAAGAAAACAGGCUUCAGAAUUGCUUUGUUACGGGGAAUACGAGUAUUUACUAAAACAGACAAUUCAAGAGAGUUCCUCUUUAAAGGAGUUUUCUGGAAUUUGCGAGAAUAAGAGAUGCGGCCUCUUUAGAAUAUACUAUACUUGUUAUACUUCGUAUUGCAGCUUAAUCCCAUUCACUAGACUAGAAUAAGGCCUCUUGCACACGACCGUAUGCCCUCCGAGACAUACGGUCCGUGAGCUGGCCAUAUGUCCCGCAGCGGCAUUGAUCGUGCUCGCGGGAGUAAGAUCAUAUGAAUACGGGACAAUAGGCCCGCGGGCGGCUCGACGUGCGCAGCAUCAUUGUCAUCUAUAAUACUGUGUGCUCCCGCGCGCGAUCAAUGCCGCUCUGGGACACAUGGCCCGCUCACGGACCGUAUGUCUCGAAUGGCAUACGGUCGUGUCCAAGAAGCCUAAGACUGAGCUGCACAGAGGCCAAGUGACUGAUAGACUUGACGUCACGGGUCUAGGAAGAGGCCUCUUCACGCAGCUGAGAAUAGCUCAUCAAUAUUUAAAACCCCUUGAAAGAGAAUUAUUGAACCAGUUCGUCCUGCUUUGUACAAACCCAGUUUGUUCAUGUACAUAACUCAUUCAUUCCGUUCCCCAUCUCCGUACGUGCAUUAAAAUAUAUUGCAUCAAUGAGGCUCUUUCAAUAUGGCCUCUGUUAACACAAGACUUCUGUAGUCCCGUGCAUAUGCAUUACUGUGUGUAGCGGAGCAUGCAUUAGUGUAUUACAUAACAAAUCCAAACCCAGAUUCAUUAAUGAUUGAUGUGCGCGCCCCAAAUUUGGGUUCGGGUUCGUUAUGUAAUACAUUAAUGCAUGCUCUGCUACUCACAAAAACAGUGCAUGCACAAGUCUCGCUUUAACAGUAGCCAUAUUCAAAGAGCCUCAUCGGAGGCAAUACAUUUUAAAACACGUACGGAGAUACAGAUUGGAAUGAGUUUGAGUUAUGUAGAUGGACGAACCAGUUUGCUGAUCACUACCUCCUGUCACCUAUUCUUAUGACACUGUGUUGCCCCAUUCCUUUAUUAUUGCUGUUAGAAGUUAUGGAUGAAUUACUAGCUGUUUGCAAUGAAGGUCGGGGUGGGGGCUACCAGUUGGGGGUUUGUCCCUGCACAAUCUGAAGUGGACAGUGUCAGACUGUGCAGGGACACCCCCAGCCCCCAACUGGUAACACCCAUCUGGACCUUCACUGCAAAAUUGCUAGCAAUUCACUCAUAACUUCUAGCAGGAAUAAUACAGUAAAAACACAUCAUAAGUCAUAAGAAUAGAUGCUCAAAUGAUGCUAUUUACUGAAAUAGACACGCUAUGUACUCUAUAGAUGUCCCAUAUGUACCGUACAUUUUGAAAAAAUAAAAUAAUAUUGAA